CCCUUGAUGUGUGCCAUUUAACGAGUGGUAAGUAAGCUGAAAGCCGUGCUGGAGUACAUGAAAACCAAUGGAGUAUUUCUCAGAGAUUGAAAACAGUUCUAAUGAUGAAGAAUCAAUUCAACACAGUAGUCUUGUCAGCAGCGGAUCAGGCUACUCCAAAGAUUCAUUUGAAUCUGUUACUGAUGGAUCCAAUUUUAGCUAUGAAAGUGAAACAUUUGAAUCACUCUCUUCUGACACAGAAUCUGAUCCAGUUUCACCAUCUGAGACAAGUGGCCAAUCAAGAAUAAAUGGGGACUCCCCUGAAGAGCAGUCUUUAGGUGAAGGGUUAAUUGAGAAAUGGAUAAAAACUCUUAAGCACCAAGAGCUGAGGAUCACAGUGUUCCAAUCAGGAUUUCAUCGAACAAAUGUUGCCGUUGCUGACAAGAAAUCCUCUGCUCUGAAAAUGGUUUCUAAAGAAGAGAGAAAUGCACUGGCUGCGUUUUGCAUUAAGAAGAUAAGGAACAUCCAGCAUCCAUCUGUUAAACUCCAAGACCAGUCACAUCCUGCAACUCAUCCCAAAAGGGCAGUAGUCGAGGAUUGCAAGUGCCCUAUUCAACUGUUUAACAGAGUUUGGCUAAAGAACACCAUGGAAACUAUGAAGCAGCUGAAUCGGAUUGAUAUGCACCAGCCAUCUACCUGUCCUCAUUGUUGUGCUAAGCAUGCUGAGCUGGCAAAGAGUGAAUUUCUCAGAAAGAGGAAGACAAAACUGGAAUCUCUUAUACUGGAAAAGAAAAUUGAGGAGUUUGUUUUUAAUAAGGAUGCUGUCACUUUAAUUGGAGAAAUUCAUCAGUCUCUCCCCAGGCUGUCUGAUGAGCGCAACAUCAUUUGGCAGAGACUUUUCUGUAGUGGUGAGAAGACCUGGAAGACCCUGUCAUCACCUAGCCAGUGACAGCCCAGACACAGUUAGAAUUACUGCAAACAUCAUGUCAGCUCUUCUCAGUUUAAUGUGUAUAUAUGUGUGACCUUUUUUCUUUUAUUUUAAGGAAUUUGUUUACAUUGUAUCUCUAUCAGAUAACGCAUUAUACAUUGUAAAGUGUAACUAAGGCAGAUUAAAUGAACAGGUUGUUAAAUGCUGUUCUGUGAGGUGUACACAUUACCCAGCUCAAAACCUUACAGACCUGUCAUUACUUAUUUGAAAAAGCUAAGGUACAAUUAAUGUCAUUACCUUAGUUCUCAGAGAAUAAUUACUACUGUUAUUUGUAACAUUGAGUUCUACAAACCUAUUCUUACCUAUUCUGUAUCAUAUGUAUCAUACAGUAGUGCCAACACUCAUUGUUUGCCAGCCUGUUAAUUGAGGGGAAAUUUGAAGGGCACAAUUUUUUGCAUUGUGGCCUAGUGCAUCCUGCUGAAAGAGGCCACUGCCAUCAGGUAUCUCCAAUGCCAGGAAGGAGUAUAUGUGGUCUGCAAAAAUCUCUAGGUAGGUGGUUCGUGUCAAAGGAACAUCUACAUGAAUGCCAGGACCCAAGGUUUCCCAAAGGAACAUUGCGGAAAGUAUAACACUGCUUCCGCCAGCCUGCCUUCUUCCCAUACUGCAUCCUUCCCAUUCCUAAAGUAAACAACGCACACACAUCCAGCCAUUCACCUGAUCUAAAAGAAAACAUGAUUCAUCAGACCCGACAACCUUCUUCUAUUGCUCAAUGGUCUGGUUCUGACGCUCACAUGCCCCCUGAAGGUGCUUUUGGUGAUGGACUGGGGUCAUUAUGGGUCUGUGGCUACGCAGCACCAUACACAGCAAACUGUGAUGCACUGUGUGUAAUGGUGAUGCACUGUGUGUAAUGGCCAUCAUGGCCAGCAUUACGUUUUAAGCAAUUUGAGCUACAGUAGCUCUUAUGUUUGAUCAGACAGGCUAGCAUUUGCUCCCCACUUUCAUCAAUGAACCUUGAACUUUAUAAAAAUGCAUUUGAUAUAACUACCUUCACAGUAC